CUGCGGGUUUUUGAUAUCUGAUUGAUGCUUAUAUGUAUGUAUAUAUCGAAUUUUGAGGUUAAGAUGAUUAGGUGUGUUGUUUUUGUUAAUUUGGAAGAUUAUCCGUGAUUUAAUGGUUUGUCGGCAAUUAUUUCGGAUCUCUGCUUGCUAUGAAGAGCUUGAUUCGUCGUAUUUUUAGGGUUUCUGCGACUGAGGACUCGAAGCUCUUUCAUCCUGCAAAUCAGCAGUUGAAUAGACUUGGGUGAUUUUUCGGUUAAUCUUGUCUAUUUUAUUUAUCUUUUCGUGAUUCCUUGAAGUUAUAUCAUUGACAUUGAACGAGAAAAAGAGCCAGAAAAUACAUGAUGCUGUGAGGUAUCGAAUAGAAUAGUCAGAUUGUUGGAUUUUUGUGAAUUCAGUAUCGUGAGUUUCAAUUGUUAUUGGUUACUUAUGAAUUUAUUUUCCCUUGAUAUUUCGCUUUUAACAUUUGAGAUUGCAGGCGGUUGGAAUUUGUAGUUACUGUUUACUGUUGAUUAAGAAAACAUGGCCAGUGUAUAUAAGAUCAUACAGUUGGUUUGUGACUAGAAAUAGUUAUUUGGUUGUGUCCGUCUGGUUAUUUUAGGGGAUUUAAUUGGCUAUUUUAUUGUGGUAACCACCUCUCACAAUAUGCAGUAGUAUUUUGUGCAUUUGGGAUUUUGAACUUUUUGAUUGUCUGCUACUUCUGUUUUAAUUUUGUGUAAGGUCGAGGCUUGGGUGAUUGCGCUUGUACUAUUGGCAGAAACAAUACUUGAGAGUAAAAGUGAGGAGAAUCUAUGCAUUUCUUCAAUAGAUUGUUUUAACGCUUUACUUAUUUUAAGGAAAGAUAUAUUUACGAUUGUUGCUUUUGGUUCCAUUAAUUUCUAGAUAUAAGUAAAGUUCCCUGAACCUUCCUUCCCAAGGGAGAAAUGCAUCUAGCUUUUAUACCUUUUACAUUGUGUCAGUUUGUUGAUGCCUUCUAGUCUAAUUUAUAUUCUCCACCUGAAAAGUAGACCUUUAUGGUCUUUCUAGCUGCAGGUUACAUGUACAAGAAUUUGCAUGUAUGGAAAUUCAUUAUCUAUUAUGAGCUCUAGUCUCCAAUAUCUUCAAUGGUAUUAUCUGACCAUUGACGUCAUAUUCAGAUUUCAGAGGAAAACAAUAGUUGCUUCAAGUGAGAACAUUUUGUAUUCCUAGUGGGACUGGUGGUUGUUGCUCAAAUUAUUCAUGUGAGUGAAGAUGGGCUCUGCAUGUUGUGUUGCUGCUAGAGAUAGAACCAUUACAGAUCAAUCUGUUAGUGAUGUUAUGCCAAGGAAUGAUAGGUAUUCACCGUCGUGGAGCUUCCGCUGGGAUAACCGAGGGCGUGUAGCAGGUGAAGAGUCAUCCAUGAAUUGCUUCCCUGAUGGUGCUGGUGUGAAUGAUAGGUUGGACAAUAAAUCUCAUACAACUGUAGAAACCGCUUAUGCAACAGAACAAGGCAGCCCAUUGGAUAGUUCUCGAAGCCUCGCCUGGCAAAAGUCGCCACCUUCUGAAGAAAAUGGAGUUCCUCAGUCAGAUCCAUCGAACUCUAAGAAUCUUCCUGAGGGGAAGGAGUCAAGGAGAACUCCGGUAGCUUCGGAACUGUGUCCAACCAAAAUUUUAACUCCAACGCAUUCGGUUUCAUCCUUUUCGGCGUCUCCUUUGUCUUCUUCCCAAGGUCAUCUUCUGCCUCUAACAAGCUUGACCCCAUCAAGGUGGCCUCGUCGUUCCCCAGGACAUCAUCUACUACGUCAAGUAUCAGAUAGCCGAAUUCGAGGCAUAAUGUCACCUAAUUUUUCGAUAUCUGAGGAGGGUUCUCCUUUUAUGCACCCUGGGUGGAGCAGUAAAUCAAACAGGGGUUCUCAUGGUGGAUCUUCAGACGGUUGGUCUAUACCUGCCUUUCCUGAUCUCGCGACAACUUCUAACAGAGAUAGAUGGUCUUUUGAUAGCGAUUCUCUAAGCUUUAGUCGUGAUAGGAUUAGCAGAUCAAGUGGCAGGGUUUCUUCAUCUCCUUCCAUUGAUAUGCAGAUUUGUGGUGUCUGCUCCAAGCUUUUAACGGAAAAAUCUGCUUGGAGAGGCCAAAAAGGCAUAGUUGCCAAUGGGUACCCUAUUGUCGCUGUUCUGAUUUGUGGCCAUGUUUACCAUGCAGAAUGUUUAGAGAGUAUGACCCCUGAGAUACAUAAGUAUGAUCCAGCAUGCCCCAUUUGUACUUUUGGGGAAAAGAAGGUUCUCAAGUUGUCAGAAAAAGCACUUGCAACAGACAUGGAUUUAAAGGCUAAAAUCAGCAAGAAAUUAAGGAAUAGGGUGGUGGAUGGUGAUUCUGUUGUGUUUAAGAGUAGUGUCUCCAGGAUGAGCUCAAGUUCCAGCGUGAAGUGCUCUACAGGACAUGGAAAACCGUUUUUAAGGAGACACUUCUCGUUUGGUAGCAAAUGGAACAGAUCCUUGUCAGACAACAGUUGUAGGAAAAAAAGAUUUUUCUGGAGCAAGGAGUGAACUUUUUCACUUUAAAAGGUAGUAGAUGAUGAGGGUCAGGUGAUUGAUAUUUGUAGUCAAAUGGAGAUGGAGAUGGAGAAACAUAAAAGAAAGACAGGACAGCAUGUUUCCAGUUUCAGUUUCAGCUUCACUUCAUCAAAAGGAAUAUAUAUA